AUUUGAAAACAAAGCAACAAGUGGAGUCUGUGUUAUUAUGAACAUUCGUACAGAGAUGUAGAGAGGCUUCUCGAAUUAUUCAACAAACAGUCAUCUCGAGUGGUCCUGUGCAUCCUUCGUGAUCUUACGAGUCUCCUUGCGAACCUGACUGCGGACAGCGAUUCCGAUGGAACCGAUUCAGUCGUCGCUUCAGGGUGGGGGAGCUGCACUUUUGGAAGAGACCAGCUGCCCAUUGAAACCUGACGACAUUUGGUUUGGAUGCUGUUCCUGCACCUAUGUCACUGGAGAUCAUCGUGGGAUCGUGAGCCACCUGGUUACCCAUGGUGAUCGAGCAACGUUGUUGGGGGAGACCAACUACCCACUAAAAGUCACUGAGGACAUCUGGUUUGGAUGCUGUUCCUGCACCUAUGUCACCAGAGAUCAGCAUGAAAUAGUGAGCCACCUGGCUGCCCAUGGUGAACAAUCCAAGUGCGAGCAUCCUACCAUGUCUGGCUCUAAGUCCCAAGUGCUCAUCAACACUCAAAAGCACAAGAUUGAAAAGCCAUUUAAGUGCAAGCUUUGCCCCCAAGAGUUUCUUUAUAAUUCCCUUCUAACCCGUCAUAAUCGAACACAUACUGGUGAAAAGCCAUUUAAGUGCAAGAAGUGCCCCCUAACCUUUGCUAAAACUUCCAAUUUGAGAAAGCAUAAUCAAACACACACUGAUGAAAAGCCAUGUAAGUGCAAGCUGUGCCUCCGAGCCUUUGCCCAAAAUUCCAGUUUGAGAAUACAUAAUCAAACACACACUCAUGAAAAGCCUUUUAAGUGCAAGCAGUGCCCCCAGGCCUUUUCUCAUAACUGCCAACUAAUAAAUCAUAAUCGAAUGCACACUGGUGAAAAGCCAUUUAAGUGCAAGAAGUGCUCCCAAACCUUUGCUCAAAACUCAAGUCUACAAAGGCAUAAUCAUUUGCACACUGGUGAAAAGUCAUUUAAGUGCAAGCAAUGCCCCAAAGCCUUUGCUCGAAAUUCCGAUCUGCAAAAACAUAAUCGAACACACACAGGUGAAAAGCCAUUUAAGUGCAAGCAGUGCCCCCGAGCCUUUGCUCAAAAUGUCCAUCUGAGAAAUCAUAAUCGAACACACACUGGUGAAAAGCCAUUUAAGUGCAAGAAAUGCCCCCAAGCAUUUGCUCGAAAUUCCCAUCUACAAAGGCAUAAUCAUUUACAUACUGGUGAAAAGCCAUUCAAAUGCAAACAGUGCCCAAAGGCCUUUGCUGAAGAUUCCGAUCUGCGAAACCAUAAUCGAACACACACGGGUGAAAAGCCAUUUAAGUGCAACCAGUGCUCUAAAGCCUUUGCUCAGACUUCUUAUCUAAGAAAGCAUAAUCAAAUACACACUGACAAAAAGCCAUUUAAGUGCAAGCAGUGCCCCAAAGCCUUUGCUCAAAAUUCCUAUCUGAGAAGCCAUAAUCGAACCCACACAGGUGGAAACCCAUUUAAGUGCAAAUAGGGCCCCUAAUCUUUUUCUCAUAAUAGCAGUCUGAUCCAUCAUCAAAGUGUUUAAAAACCUUACAACUGCAAACAAGGCCCCAAAAGCUUUGCUCAGAAUAGGGGCUUACCCCCUUAACAAUAUGCACAAGUUUGGAAUGCCCUGUGGUUGACUCGUAGGUUCAGCCUGCCCCGUGUGCAAUCACUUAACUCAUGCAGUACUUUAUGCCUUUUGAAUCGAAGUAUUAAUAUACCUGAGUGCAACAUAGGUCCCGAAGGCUUUGCUCGGAUUAAUAGUUAAGCUUGCCACACUGAAGCCCUUAUGCCCGGUAAGCCUCACAAAUACCAGCAGCGUCCCAGGCGGUUUUAUAAAUGGUCUUGCCUCAUCGGGCACAUGCUAACACGAGGUUAACAAACCUCAAAGGCAUUCUCGUAAAGCCUGAAGCAAGUAGGCCUUCAAAAUUCCAGCUUACGGUCAGACCUGAUUAUUUCAAACCCGGUUAAUUCAAAUUGUCCCUUGUAUGAAACUUAUUUCUGAACAGACACUCGUAGCUGCAAUGAAAAUGCACACCGAAAAAUGCAGUUACAUUGAAUGGAACUUGCAGUGCCUCCCGAUAGAUUGAACUGCAGAGAGCGCUGUUUUGUUCUGCAAGCUGGCUUUCCCCCAAGGUGGGCAUUCGCGGUGGUGUAAAGCCAGCUUGCAGAGCAAACUGACUUUUUUUUUUUUUUUGAGCAGCCGCGUAGACCCUUUGGAACAAAAAAAGUCUCUUUGUGAAGAGAGCGUGGAGAGUGUAAGAUCUCAAAAAACAAAAAAGCGGGCACUGAAUAACCACGUGGCGCAUUCCUCCCAACAUAGAGAUGUUCCUUCGAGGGUAAAGAACUUUUCUAAAUAUGGCGUGCUUCUUUCUUGUCAAAUUCAUUACAACUUUUAUAUUGAAUUGCCCGCUAUAUCGAACUGGUAGACAGUUUGAAGCGAGUUCCAUACGAACGGGUUUGACUUAUCCGAAAAGCUUGAAUCGGAAUUCCAGCUUGGUUGGCCACAUAGACUGUGCACACAGAACCAGACUAUUUGACUUUCCUCUGGAGCCUCCCGUCUAAAUGCCACCGUUUGUCAUCACACUAAUGUAUUGGGGAGUAGUCAAUGAUUCUUUUCUAGCUGUGAUCUAGAGGCUAGGUCAAUGAAUAGGAGACAUAGUUUAAUUUUUCUCAGGGCAGCUACUUUGUGUUCUGCACCUGAAUGUACAUUCAGUCAUACUCUACCUCUUGUUCCAAGCUUCCUUUAGCUUGCUCGAGGUGCGCUCCUUAAAACGAGGCCUAAUAUGCUUGUAAAAUGUUUCUAUCAUUUUCUCUUGAUACUACUCCUACCUAUGAGAAAGAUGCAAUUUUAACAAAAGUUAAGUGUGACCAAAAUUCAAUCUUGCUUAUAUAAAAAAAAUGUUUGCGGUUUAAAUUUUUACAUUUUUCUUUCAGCUGCUAUGGAUUUUGGUACUGAAGUAAUGGCUUCUUUACACCCUUGCGACUGCUUAUGACCGAAGAGGCUAAAAACCGGUUUUUAAGCCUCUUGUGAGGGCUUACGACUCUUUGCCAUGCUUUGCAGCCGGUCGUGAGCAAUCACAAGAGGCAUAAGAGCCGGUCUUAUUUCAGUCGGUCGUAGUGAAACGCAAGUGUGGGAACUUAAGUAGUGAGGACUAACUUUUCCCAAGAUUUUUUUUUUUUGACAUCCUGCAGCGUGUUAAGACCUCAUUCUAGCAGUUUCCUCAGUGGGAAACUAAUUGCAGAGUCUGUGUAUGCACCGCAACGCUUUCUGCUACCGGUUGGGACGUUGCUAGUUGAAUCCCUCGCACUGCCCAGCAGCUUUUGCUCUAAAUUGGUACUGUACCCAUUUUGAAUGCUCUGUAAUGCCGCUCCGGGACUGCAUUGAAGAAAGUUGACGAAAAUUUGAAACUAAUACUCCAAGUGUUUUCGCCUUCCUUUGCACUGGCAUCUUCACAGUCAAAUAUUUAUCUGAUACCUGCUUUGAGAUAUUACUUUCUCUGUUGUUUAGGUGUUCCCAGUAAUUUCUUGCUUCGUGUUCAUGUUCCUGGCAGUUGUUUCUGUGUUGCCUGGCUGUCUGCAUCAAAAUUUUCAGAUCAUAGGUGUCCUUAUAUGCUGGAAAAUUCCUUUUGCUUGUUUUUGUGUAACAGAGGUUAGUAGUUUUGUUUUUCUGCUCCACUGACGGCUAACAUUCUUAAAUUUUUUAUUAGAAUGAGGAGGGUCGGUGAAGCCAAGUCUCAAUGAAUACUAACUCAGCCUAGAACUUGCUUUGGUUGCAGGGUCCUUUGGAUUGUUGCUCAAUGUGUGUUUAUUUUUGCAUUAUGUAAUUAAUUUGAAAGCAUAUCUUUAUUGUGGUGAUUUUUUUUUUCUUUUUACGUUUAUGUCGUUUGGCUCGAACAAAAUCAGCGGAUGAUAAAUAUGUAUUCAGACUUUUGCUUCUCCGUUUCUCAGAAAUAAAGGUCUACAAUCAAGUU